AUGGCACCGAUUUUGAGACCGCGAGUGAACUUAUCCAAAGACAGAUUUCCAGAGUACUUUCAUAGUUUGAGAAGUCAGCCAUAUACGGAUCCAAAUGCGUCACGGGCGGCUGGACCUCUGAAUUUGCGAUCGAUUGCAUGGAAUCCUCCCGGAACUUUAGUCGCUACUGGCUCGGCGGAUAGAACUUUACGAGUCUGGAAUCCAGAGAAGCCCAAUGUCAAAUUCUCAACAGAACUCAAAGGCCACGCAGCAGGGAUCGAAAAAGUCGCCUUCAACCCCACAAAAGACGCGGAAUUAUGCAGUCUAAGCAGCGAUGGCGUCGUGCGAUUUUGGGACGUUCGGACCAAGGCUUGUUUCAAUGAAGUCACAGAUCUUGGCGAUGCCAUGACGCUUGUCUGGGCCCCAGACGGACAGACAUUGAUCGUAGGAAACAGGUCGGAUAAUAUCUUUGUCUUAUCGCCGACGCAAAAGACUCCCUUGGCUUCGCAUCAACAGACGGUACAGACGAAUCAAAUCGCCUUCUGCUGGAGUGGCAAGAAGAUAUUCGUUACUACGUCGGAAGGACAGAUUCGAAUCCUCUCAUACCCCGAGUUUGAACCGGUGCUGCACAUGGGAGAUGGCGACAACGCCACGGAGUUUACGCUCAAGGGCCAUACCGCGUCAUGCCUGACCGCCGAGUUGCAGCCGAUGGGCAGGUACCUUGCCACAGGAGGAUCAAACUCCAUUAUCUCGUUAUGGGACACUACGGACUGGCUAUGUCAAAGGACGAUUACAAGGAUGACGGGCCCUGUAAGGAGCAUAAGUUUCACGUUUGAUGGAAGUUACGUUGUUGGCGGCAGUGAUGAAGGCAACGGACUGGAAGUUACGCACGUCGAGACGGGGGAGCACGUCUACACCUUCAAAACGGCCGGCUCAUGCCCGGUGGUGGCUUGGGCACCGACCCGCUACUGUUUGGCGUAUAGCGAUCUUGGAGUCUUGCGAAUUGUGGGGGUAGAUCUCGACAGAAAGUAA